AUGAGUUUACUAAAAAAUGUUCAUCAUGUUCGAUUCGCUACUAAAAGUUUAUGGCAGACUUGUAAAACACUAAUAAAAGGUUUCGGUUUCACGCUCCACUGUUUGUUCAAAUGCGGUUCAGAAAUAAAUCUAGUGCUAAAAAGUAAUCAAUCGGUAAUAAUGCUUAGCGAAAUCAAAACAUUGUCCAGUGUUCAUCACCCAUUUAAGUACCAUUCAGAAAUCAGUAACUGGUGUACAAAACGUGAUGGACCAUGUGACAUUGCUUUAGAAGUAGUUGACGUGUAUGAAGUUUGUGAAAGGGUUUCCCGGUUUUCUGGGUUUGAGAACAUUCUUUUGGAACCUACUACUUAUGCUGAUUAUAAUGGAAAAAUUGUUUUAGGAGUAAUCAAGUCAUGUGUUGGGGAUUUGCUUCAUACGAUUGUUGACUCGUCACAGUAUAAAGGCUUGUUUUUGCCUGGAUACACAUCGGGACAGAGUGCAAAUGAUGACUUAAAGGAAGCACUAAAUAACAAUGGAUCGAAUCCCAAUUCUUUUGUGAAAUAUACUGAUCAUAUAGCAAUCGCUGGGGAUAUUGGAGAUUCAGACACUUUUAUAAAUUGGUACAAAACAGUAUUUGGAAUGAAACGCAUAUUCAUUAAUAUACAGGAAGAUGAAUCCCAAGGGUUUAUAGUAAAGUUCAAAAAUACUGGAAUGAUGUUGAAGGCAGUUUGUCAUACAGAUCCAACUUCGAAUUCUGAUUAUCGUGAUGCAUGCAAAUUUGUCUUUGUUGAGCCCACGAAAGAUUCAGAAGUCUACUACAAAUAUUUACUGAACCAUUGUUUCAGAAAGAUGGGUUUUUCAUGGAAUUAAUUGAACGUCGUAAUCAAUCAACUGGUUUCGGUGAAAAUAAUAUCAAUGCUUUAUGGGAAGCAUUGGAAAUAUCACAAACAUUGUAAAAUUAUCUAGUCAAUUGUAUACCAUCAGUUUAAUAUUUCAUUUUUAAUCAGUUAUGUUAUAGAGUAUCAUAUCGUUUUCUUUAUCCCACUGUUUAUCACCUCGCUUUCCAUCGGCACUUGAGAAAUAAGAUGCAAUUUUAUACUUAAUUAACAGAGAACAACAGAUAUAGACUGAAAAAAAUUAGUACAUGGUUCGAGUAUGUAACUGUUGUCUAAUUUUCAGUUUAAUAUUUAAAGGUAAAUGUAAAAGGUAGUUUUCGUCACGAAUGGACUGUAUAAAUCCUACUCUGCAUCUUUUCUAUGCACGUGCUCCUGUAAACACUUGUAAAUGUGUAAGCCUAAUUGGAUGCAAUAUUUGUAUAAUUAUCAGAAAUCUAGCAUUACAUAUUUAUUAAUCACUGAAUACACUCUCUAUCUUACUGAAUGGAUUGGUUUUGGUUACGUAAACUAUGUUUAAUGCUUGAUAGUUCUAUUUCUAUACAAUAAUAUUCAGUUCUGUGGAGUUAAUAAAAUAAGGUUAGGAAUAAUGUAGGAAAGCUUUUCUUUGUCAUCAUGCUAAACAUACUAUAAUUAAAAGAGAACUGUUUGGCGAGUCGAACCAGUUAGUUUCAUUCAAAAUAUAGGUUCAUUUAAUAGAUUUUACUGUUGUAUUCUAAACAUUUUUACAGUUUCUGAAUAUUAGUAGAUAGCAUUCGAAUUUUAUCUCCGGUUAUUUUGUUUUGUAAGGUACUUAUCAACAGAAUGUAAUUACACCAUAGUAAUUUAGAACAUUAACGUAAGUCAGUGGGAAAUUUUAAAUCACCAAUCUACUUCGUCGAAGAAGCACUAAUAACUAUGAUAUGUAGUCAGAGGUCUGAUUUCUUAAAAAUAAUGCAUACUCACAAGUGUAUUUGAGUAGUAUCACUCAUUGACUGUGUUUUAUUACAACUGAAUUGAGAAAAAAAACAUUGCCAGUCUACAUUUAUUGGUUGUUUGAAUCUUCCCAUUAAUGUUUAGGAUUACAAUUGACCACCCGUUUUUAGCAUAUGUGGCUUUUGUGCGGAUUGCCUCGAUAUUAUCCUUAAUUCACGAGUAUUAUGACCAGAGGUGAAGGACGUCUAUCAGUGGGGUCCAGGACUCACGUUUCGUCCCGUUUGUGACUCUUCAGCCGGAUGUGCCUGCAUCUCAGCGUUAACGUCCAUUUCCGAACUUAGAGCUUAUGACUUUGUAGCAACAUUGUUUCAGAUAGUUUAUCCUCUUUUGUUACUUGGUGUUUCUUUCAUCUAACAAACGUCCAAACUGUCUUUAAUAUGUCCAAGUUGUCAUUAGUCUACCGAUUCGAAUGUAAUCUUUUAAACAAAAGUAACAAUGUUUUCGAAUAUCAGUAACAUGACAAAUAAUAUGAAUAUAAAGAAAGUUUGACCAUCAACUAGUUAAAUAACUCGAAAAUAAGUAAGAAUUAACUAGACGAUAUGUCUUAAGGUUUGUAAUUUUUGGUAAAUUUGAAUUCUGAUCCCCAGUGCUAUCCAUGAUACUUUCUUUGCCCUAUUCGAAAGUUUUCAAAUGAGUGUACCUUCAUUCUGAGGUUUUCAUUUAUGCUGAGUCUUGAGCCCUGAAACUAUCACUUUAAGUGCCAACGGGUUAUGUGUGAGCUAAUGAAUCCGAAUGAUCACUAGUUCAACCGAAAUUAUAAUGCAUUUCUUGACAUACCUAGCUCCUCAUCAUGUUCCUAAAUACAAAGUUUUGGUUACAAAUUUUAGUGUCUUUAGCUUGCAGGUAGCAGUAGGAUCUAGUGUCUGCGUUUCUUUUUGUUUGAGAUUGAUCAGAUAAAUGUAAAUUGACCCUAGAGUUCUCAUAAUCGAGGACCCAAUAUUCUUUCUGUAGUAAAAUGAUCGUCCUGCAAUCUACUACAAACGUUUUUUAAAUUUGAAAUUCGCGAUUUGUAUUUUCGGUGUAUAACAUUAAAUGCUCCUUAAACCAACUAAAGUGUAUCGAUAUCCUUCUAAGAUCACUUCCAAUUGUGUUUAUAAAUGUAUGUGUGCUCGUAAUGACAAGUACGUAGGAAGGACUAUAAGAAGAGCACUUAAAGGGCUUUCUAAACAUAUUCCUUGAAAACUGGGGAGGAAUGUAGUGCUUACAGGUGCAUUCACAAGACAUCUUAUAGACAGUGGACAAAGUGAAUAUCACAUGAACGUUUAUAAUACUUAACUAGCACGGAACAAUGCUUUGUAUAAGAAUUUGACAUCAAGGGAUUUCAACGUGACCCUUGUAUACAGAAAGAAAGUACAGUAAACCUAUCGUUGACAUGGUGAAAUAAUUAUAUCGUUGUAGUAUGCCAAGUGCAUAAUCCCUUUAAUUUAUAUUUUAAACAUUCGGCCUUAUUAUUGCCCAUUUACUAUGAAAGAUGCUUUCUUCAUUUUAUAUCCCGGUUAUUAUUUGUGAUAUCGCUCCUUUCUUUAAACGACUUCAUCUUCAGCACAUAAGUACUAAUUAAUCUUAACUAUUACACUAAUUGUGUUGUUAUAUCUUCUAGUUUUUGGUGGUUUUAUUUUUCGCCAUCGCUUCAAAUCCAAAUUUAUUGAAUAAAAAUAGAAUUCAGCAAAGAGAAUUACCUUUUCGAUUUAAUCAUUCACUUACACUGUAGCUUUGUAUGUAUAAUUGUUUGAUAAAGAAGGAACCGAUUUGGAAAAUUUCUUCAUAUGUACAGUAGAGCCAUUUAUACUAUCAUAUUGACAUAAGUAUUUUAUAAUCAGUCAUUUGUACUUCUAUUGAUAAUGCUUCUUCUGUUUCGGUACAACAAUAAUAGAAUAAUUCUUAGUACUUUCGUUUUGAUAACUAAAGUAAUUACAUUACUCCCUUCAAAAUGAAUUAAACUAUAAACAGGCAGAUCAGUUAUGCUAUAUGUAAUCAUAGAAAUUCUUUAUAUUCUAUGGUAAUUCAGCUUGUAUCUAAUUGAAAUAAAGUGUUGUCUGGCAUUAGUUAAAUUUCCAAUUCAUUAACAAGGAUUUUUAUCAAGGAAUUUAUUAUGAUAAACGAUGAUCAGUUGGAUAUUGAGCAGUCAGGAAGAUUAUAAACUAUAAUCAUUAAAGGUGUUGUUAGGUGUUGAUAAAUGAUGACAGUCCUCAAACUGUCAAAUAAAUAUCGGAAAAUAAAGCCAAACACUAUACAAUAUGACAGGGACAGCCACCACUAUUGCGUGAAUCUGGUUGGUCGCUAGGACAUUUGGGAUCAUUAAUGGACAUCGUUAGCAAUCCUCUAGAGAAAGCUACCUGAUUUUCUCUUCAUACUAAUAUUAGUACAAGUAAAUGAACAUACCAGCAUAAAAAGCUCGUCGCAUAAUUACAACACGCUUAUCAAAUAUCUUGGCUUAAAACCGAAACUGUACUAAAAAAGAUCAAAUUGGAUUUCAGUAGCUCUCCAAAUCAAUUCUUAGGCUAGAUUACUAGCGCUACCCAAUUGAAAUAGGAAUUUGUGGAGCGUCACUGUAAAAUAUAAAUAUUUUCUCUUUACUUGGAGAGAUUGGUUUAUAAUAAUGGAUUUCUUAAUUAUGAUAAAGAAUUUCUCUAAUCCCACCGUAGUUUAUCUGUAAACAUUUUAUGCACAGCUGAUUUAACAUUAAAGCUUUCUUCAAGAAACUUAUUAUGUUUCACUCUUUUUUUUCAACAGGUAUUCUUACGGUCAAGCGAUAUCAAUUAGUACUUUUAUUUGUGGAAACCAAAACGGUUCUUUCCUUCAUUUAGAGAUGAGUUCACUAGCCAAUUAUUCUGAAAAUUUUAGAACAGAAAGUUAGGUUUUUUAUAUCAUUUAACUUUCGUUUAGUCUCUAUGUAGUUUUCAAAUGGAUGAUAAAUUUAAUAGACGAUAAUUAAUGUAAUGUUCUGAUGUCGUACCGGUAACAAAAACUUUUACUUACCUACAAAAUAUCCGUAAUCAGUUAGGUAGAACAUUAAUAAUACUAACAAAAUAUCUCCUCACUACUUGAUAAAUACACUGAUUAAUUACAGCGACACGAAAUCUUCGGAAUUCAGCAUUAAUCAAUAAUGCUUUAUAUGAUUAUUCGGAACACCUUUUUUCACAUGUACAUAAUUUUAAUUAUCAUAUUCUGAAACCUGGUCAAGUUCAAUUAUCUUAUAAAAAUUAUGCUUACAUUUAGUGUAAACUACUAAUCAUAGUAAUUUCAAUAUGCAAUCAAUGCAUUCUGAAGAAAAGAAAACUAAUUAGUAUUUAUUUCAUGUGAAAAUAAUGAAUAUUUUCCAUUUACCUUGUCUAUUAUACACGCAUCAUUUGCACCACAAAAUAUUUGAUAAUUUCAUAACAGUCAUGUCAAGUUUUUCCACUACUCAAGAGACACUUUUAAUUGAGAAUGUAGAUACGUUAAGUUUUGUGUCAAACAAAUAUUUCCAUAAGAAAAAAUAUAUAGAUGUUAAAUAAUAUAUUUCUUUAAAGUAUUUCUUAAUAUUUGAGUAACAAUCUACUCAGUUUUUUAAAUGUGAAUAGAACUAAAAUGGACCUCAGUUACAUGGGAGAUUUUGUUGAAAAGAUAGAAAUUGAUGAGUUUGUACUGCAUUGAUAAGCCAUUACAAUAUUAACCAUAUAUUUAACACAGAUUAUAUAGAUUAGUAAAGUUUUAAAUACCAUAAAGGAAACAAAUUAUUUCUUAUCAAUUUAUUACACUGAAUAUGAAAGGUCAUUUUAAUUUUUCCAUUUAAUUAAUCAGGUCAAAGUGAUAUCAUAUUUGGUCUUUGUCAUACAGCUAGUCAUGUGCAUCUAGGUCCCAGACACUUAAUGGUUUAUGAAGUUAGACUAACGAUCCAGUCAGAUAACGCUUAUUUUUUGAAUUUUAGAAUUAUUCUUGUUGAAUAUGAUUUGGUCUUUCUUUCACUCCUUUAGAAAUAUUAAAAAAGGGAUAUUACGUCACAUCCCACACAUCCUGGAACACUCAUAAUUAAGUAAUCACAGAAUAAAGGUUAAGGUUUUCCUACCUUAAAGAUCAGGGGUGAAUACUAUAUUAAUCAAAGAAGUCGGUAAAUAUCAUGACUCAGAAUAUCAGUAGAUAUCAUUUUGGCGUUUGAAGCUCUGUGCACUGAGCUUAUGCUUCAGGAUGAACGAGAAACUAAGAUAUGCGUACAUUCUGAUAAUCAAUUUUUAAUAUAGAAGUAUACAAUAGCGGUUAAUCAAAGAUAUAGUUAUCCCACUAAGUUCAAAUGCUCUUUCAUGUCACUUAAAACAUGGUUAAGUAAUAACAAG